AUGAGACAACGAUAUUCCAGCUCAUUACCACAAGACACUCAUGCAGUGUAUACCCAUGACUUUAGAGGACAUAUGACAUAUUACUAUCAUUGUUUUCUCACAACAAUGAUAUAUCGUGCCAGGAGACGCUCAUUCCUCUUUUGCCCUCGUACGCAUGGUUUCAUAAAACACACACCCACCUUUCACUCGAUCAUCUUUCUGGUCUUCUCCCUCCUCCGACCAACUUCAGCGCCUCCCACCUCCUCCCAUCGUCGACCUCGCACAGCACCGUCGCACCCAUCGUCGCCUCGCCAAGUUACGACCACCGACGCCAAGCUCUCUGACAGCGCCGGCAGGACCCAACCACCAUCUGGAAAAGAAGAAACCCAGGCGACUUUUUCUAUAACAUACGACUCUUUUCAUUUGAAUUUCAAGUUUACAUGGCAGAGUCGACAUGUCUCCUGCAUUCUCUACCUUAACCCAACAGCCAUGUGUGCAGGGAGUAAAAAUUCAAAGAUAUUUGGGUUCAAUGGGAGGGACAUGGAUGCGCUUUAUGGGCAAUGUUGGAUAGAGACAACAUCACAAAGGUGUUUGCUCGAUGAAGAUCGUGAUCGCUAA